AUGGACCGACGAGACAUUUCAAGAAGACGGCCAAUGCUUCAGUUAGAUCAACCAAUAUCAUCAAUAAGAGCUAAAAACAAAGACUAUAGUGAAAGCGAUGAUGAAGGAGAUGAAGAAGAGGCACAGAUCGAGAAUCCAUCAAAGGAGCAAUCGCAACCCGAUUCUUUCAACUCUUCAAAUAAUAAAUCGGAAAUUCAGGAACAAAUAUCAGAUUCUCAUUUGCCAACAACUUCUCUGAUUAAUUCUGAACAUUCGACCGAGAUGGAUCAGUCUGAGGAGAGCAUCGAAGCAGCAUUAAAAAACUUUUUGUCCGAAAUAAAUGCUUUACCUAUUACUUCUAUCGAUAAUAAUUCUACUUUGGAAAAAACCAGUGAAAAAUCCUUUAAAAAUAUCGUACCAACGGAAAAGAAUCAAGUUGGUUCGCUAUUCACGUAUACUGAAGGCGAUUGGCAACGACAUUUUCAUCAAGAAGAAAAACGGUACUAUUAUUACAAUAGUAGAACCGGUGAAACAUGUUGGGACCUUGACACACAAACUAAUGUUUCAGGAGCUUCAUUAAUGUCACGUUCGGAUGAAAAAACAAAUAAUUUGGAUUCGUCAUCUAAAGAAGACUCCAAUCGAGAAGUUGAUACUCAAUUAAAUCAAAUAAUUUAUAGUAAUACCACUGAUGACACCAACAAUACUACAUCCAUGCGCCCUCCUUCAUCUGACUCACCAUUGCAUAUUCGCUCAAGAGAUGCUUACGACCGUUUAUCCAUCAUUACUCCUAUGGCAACACACUUGAGGCUUGAAAGGCAUCAAAUUGAAUUCGCCACCAGACUACAUGAUUGGCAAAUUGGUGCGUUGAAUUCAUAUUAUUUUGAAAAAGUUAUUUUAGAAGGAUUGGAGAUGCUAAUACGAAGUAUUGAAGUUUCUCUCACAUAUCCAAGUUCUGAUUUGGUUACAAAUCUUAACACUCAUUCUUUGUCUGUAAAUAAGCAAGAAUGUUCUACAUCAGCAUCAGAUUCUUCACCCAUAGCUACUCUAAUACAAUCAUCGCACCAUAGUACUACUGCUUUGCAACCUACAAGCAUUCCAAAAACGUCAAAUAAUUCAUUUUCACAAUCGUUAUUUCAAUCACAAAUUACUCCACCGCUUCCACCUUUACCACCUCCACCCCCAUUACCCCAAGUUGAAAAUUGGAAUGAAGUUAUUGAUACAAAACCAGAAUCCUCAGAUGAUGGAUCUUGUUCUCCCACUCGUUUUCAAACUUCGAGUUUACCAGGUGUGUCUCAUUCACACGAAAAAAAAAGAAAGAAAGAGAAAGAUCUUGUAAAUUCUGGUUUUAAGAAUAAAAAAAUGAAGUGGAAAGCUGCAGAAGAUUUCCUUGCAAAUACUGAUUGGGAAGAGGUAACACGACAGCAACAUGGAUCUUCUUCCAUUAAUCCUGAAGCUUGGAUUAAAGAACAAAUUGAAUCUGGUGAAGCUGCUAGCAAUCCUAAUUUUGAACCUAUUAAAG